AAUUAAAAAAAAAAAAUAUUGCGUAGAAUAAAUAUUAAAAUUAUUUGUUUGAAUUUUGUUUCAGAUGGGCGGCAAAGUAAAAUAAAAGAAAUAAAAACUCUUCCGAUGGUAGUUAAAAUAAUAAAAGUUCCGGUCGAGCAGAAAAAUAUUUAUCAGGCAGCGAAAGAAAUGGAAACAGAUCCAGAACCAGAACCGGAAAUGGAACCGGAAUAUAUAGAUGAAGAAUCACUGGAAUAUGAAAGAUGUGAAGAAAGUAUGAUGCCGGAAACUGUUAAAAAAGUUGAAAAAAUACAGAAAGUUGAGAAAAAGAAGAAGAAGAAGGUUGAAAUUGUGUGGGUUAAUAAGAAAAAAAAUAACAGGCAGAUAAUGUACAAGCAAUGCGAAUGGUGCAAGAAAUCCUGCAUUUCGCUGAUAAAUCAUUACAGAGAAUGCGAGAAGAAGAAAGAAGCUGAGAGGCAAAUGGACGAGGAUUCGGAGGACGAAAAUCUUAAGUGGAUUGAGCAGAAAUCUGCGCAGUCGCAGUCGGACUCGAAUGAUGAAGAGGGCGUUGGUAGAAGCAAGAAGAAAUUUGUUUGCAAUAUUUGCUGCUAUAAUUCGGAGAAUAAAAACAAUUUUUGGAGACACUUGCAAUCGCCGAGACACAGACGUAAUUGUCAGCAUAAGAAACGGCAAGCUCAAGGUGUUAGACAGAAGAAAUCUGGGCAAGAUGUGGAAGAUGUGGAAAAAAAUGUUCAAGUGGUGAACACUGCGGAUCAGAAAGUUGUCCCGACGGUGAAGAUCAAUGAUAAAGUAUAUUUGAUAUUAAAAAAAAAGGAAACUUGAGAUGAAAGUUUAAAGCCGAAAUUUAUUUCGACAGUUAAUUAAUAAAAUUUGAAUUAUUUUUAAGAUUCAUAAAAAUGUAAAUGUUAUUUUGGUAAUAAAAAUUGAGAAUUAAAAUAAUUGAGGGUUUUAUAAAAUAAUUUUGUUUUAGUGGAGACUUGGAUACUGAGUGAGUUUUGUAUUUUCUGAGUGUAGUGGCUUUGCUAUAAAUAAAAAAUAAAUAAAUGCUUGUAAGAGUGCUUUUUUUUGAGUAAUUUUAAAAAUAUCUAUUGAUUUAAAUUAACAUAAAAACUUAAUUUUGAAACAAUAGUAUCUUUUCAUGUGAACUGUUUGGCUAUGAUUUGUUUGGAAAAAUUUACCUGCUGAUCCUUGAGACGAUUUGUGUGACGGAUUAAUAGACGUUUGUUUUUGUUUUGGUUCCAGCCUAUCGCAAGAUGUACAUGGGCGAUCAAAUGCUCGGCUACACUUGCACCAAGUGCAGCAAGUUCUACAAAAUGUGGAGCAACUACUUGAAACAUAAGUGCGAACCGCCACAAUUCAAGUGCACACUCUGCCCGUUCGCGGCCUUCAAGGCGUUCAUACUCCAGGCGCAUCAGGCGGAGCAGCAUUUUAAAAUUCCCUCGUCGACGCAUUAAUUAAUACCACGUCGAGUUCAACAAGUUUUGUUCCUCUCCAACGGCCCUUAAAUAAAUUAAACAACUGCCUUAUAUCCUAGCUAUCGUCUCUUGUGCCACUAAUUUAUUUUCAGGUUCUCGUUGAUUUCAUUUUUUUUUUAUUAUUAACCCACACUUAUCCUAAUGUGCUGUCAAUUAUAUACUACAUAAUCUUUUAAAUUUGUGUUAAUGUAAAACAACACUUAAAUUUUCCCAGCAAGAGAGUGUACCUCGGGUGUAUUCGGUUUUUACUCCCACUCUGGGUCUUCUGUCUACCAAAUAUUCCCCCACUUUUCUCUGCGCGUGCGCAGAGUAUAAAUAAUCGGUAGUGGGGGCGAUUCGAAGUUCAUUCUCUUUCUGGGACAAGUUUACAAAGGAUCUCAGUUGUUCCUAGUGCUAGCGAACUCAUUUAUUUUAAACCAAACAAUCGUAUCUACUUUUAAAAAAUAAAUCAACUUAACAAGUAAAAAAAGUUUUAUUGCUUUUAGCGUUUGUAAACUCAUGUAUUUUUGUAAGUACAUAAAUAAAUUAUCACACGAUAAAAUUAAAAAAAA